AUGUGGUUACUCAACACCGACACGGUACGACUGGAAGAAUUCUUCGAGUCCCAAGUACCUCGCUAUGCGAUCCUUUCACACACCUGGGAGGCAGGACAGGAAGUCUCCUUCCAAGACAUGAAAGCGCCUCAACCACCGACGCACUUGUCCGGGUAUCACAAAAUCAAACACACCUGCGUUCUGGCAGCAACGGAAGGGAUUAGACAUGCAUGGGUCGACACUUGCUGCAUCGACAAGUCGAGUAGCGCGGAGCUGACCGAGAGCAUCAACUCCAUGUACAGGUGGUACCAAGAGUCGGCUGUUUGCUACGUCUACCUUUCCGAUCUAGUUUCAGAGGAACAUGCAAUGGAUGAAGACCAUGGGUUUUCAAGUUGUCGGUGGUUCACCAGGGGUUGGACGCUCCAAGAGCUCAUUGCGCCGCGCAACGUAAUCUUCUUUGACGCGUCGUGGGCAUGCCUCGGAAACCUUGCUCAGUUCAUGAACGUUGUCUGCCGGAUAACCAAGAUCGAGCAGGACGUUUUAUCGCAUCGCUUACGACUGGAACAGAUCUCUGUCGCCGAGCGCAUGUCCUGGGCGUCAGGGCGACAGACGACGCGGCUGGAAGACAUGGCGUACUGCCUACUCGGGAUCUUUGAAGUCAACAUGCCGCUCAUAUACGGCGAGGGAAUCAAGGCGUUCCGCCGCCUGCAAGAGGAGAUUAUCAAACACCGCAAUGACCUGACGAUCUUUGCGUGGGAAGCCACGCCGCCACCGCCACCGGCAGAGGCAGAGGCAUCGGUAGAAGCAAGGGUCAGCCUCGCAUCGGGUGAUUUCCGCCUGGCGAACAAAGAAACUGCCCGGUUCAGGAGCGACAUUUCGUGGCUGGGUGCACUACCGGUAGAGCCCGUCGAGGUACAACACUGCGACCUGUUCGCGCCAGAGCCCGCUUCCUUUGCCCGCUCCGGCGACAUCGACCGCUACGGUCGGAGCGCCUUGAACCCAGACUUCUCCAUCACGAACAAGGGCCUGCGCAUAGAGAUUCAGCUAUACAUGACCGCUGAUGGUAAUCAUCGGCCGCGGUACUUCCUGCCCCUAGGGCAGAGGACAGGAGCUGCGCAGAGAUGCGAACUCGGCAUCAUAGUGGACCUCGUUGGACCAAACCUGCUAGUCCGGAAUGGAUACUCACUCAAGGCGCGCUUGUCGCUAGGUGGAGGGAAGAGGAUGCUCACCCAGGUGUAUUACAUUCUCCUCUACCCCAACGACGUCGGUUGGAGGAGCUGGGUGCGCGGCGUGUAUUUGCCGCACGCGCCUACGGCGGCCGUGAGCGCCAUACCGCAGGCUCACUUUGACGUUGCACGGCGUAUGUUAUUGAUACCGCUCGAUCCUGGGCUGGUUUCCAUCGCGACAGUUCCCAUACAGCUGAAAGGGCUGGAAGUCAGACUUGGCGUCGUGCUGACCAUGGGUGGCGGCAACGAGCUCGCGGUGCGAAUCUUCGACGAGAACAAUCAGUCCCUUCCCGACUGGGUCUUCAGAAGACCUCACAGGUUGGAGGGUGUGCGGCUCUCGGACCUCAAAAACGGCGACAAACUCCUAUUGCCUCCCGGCAAUAUCCUCAAGAUGGCUACCGACGAUAAUGAAUAUGUCGCUGUUGCCUCGGUCAAACCAAUACAGACAAGUCACAUGCACGAAUCGCCGAAGUGGAAAGGUGCAAAGUAUAUGCUCGAUAUAGACGUCCAGGAGAUCAGUCCUUAA